AAAAAGCUGACUGCUGUUCAAUUUAAGAUCAUUUGAUGUUGUUGCAUUUUUAUCAUUUGCGCUUGCGCCCAAAUGUUAAAAUUUGCAUAUAAAUUAAUUAAAGUCAAAUCCAAUUAAUGUUUAAGUUGUUGUGCCGUGCAAAACGUCAAGUAAAACGCAACAAGUGUUAUAUUGAAGUGUCGCAGUGUCAGCACCGAUCGCAGCCGAAUUUGAAUGCAUAAACAGAGAAGAGGAACGUGUAAACCAGAAACAGAAACAAGAACCAGAACAUAAACGAUAAUAAGCAUAAACAAAACGCAAAUUAGCCUUGAUUAUUGACAUAUUGAUGAAUGCAAUUAAAACUACAAGCAUAACAAAUUUGUUCAAAAUGAAGUGAGUGAGAAGCAUAAACGAAAAAUGGCCAGCAAUGUGGCUGGUGGUGCUGCUGGCGGCAUUAACCACAAUGGCAACGCCAACGGAGGAGGCGGCGGAGGCGGAGGCGGAGUUGCCAUCAAUCACACGCACGCCGUUUGCGUCUGGGAAUUUGAGUCGCGCGGCGGUAAAUGGUUGCCGUACUCUCCGGCCGUAUCGCAGCAUCUGGAGCGUGCGCAUGCCAAGAAAUUGACGCGCGUGAUGCUCAGCGAUGCGGAUCCCAGCCUCGAACAGUACUAUGUCAAUGUGCGCACCAUGACCCAGGAAUCGGAUACGGAAUCGGAGGCGGGACUGCUCACAAUUGGUGUACGGCGCAUGCUCUAUGCGCCCAGCAGUCCGGCGGGCAAGGGCACCAAGUGGGAGUGGUCCGGCGGCAGCUCGGACAACAACUGCGAUUGGCGGCCCUACAACAUGCAUGUCCAGUGCAUCAUUGAGGAUGCGUGGGCGCGUGGGGAACAAACAUUGGAUCUGUGCAACACAAACAUCAGCCUGCCAUAUACGAUUAACUUUUGCAAUCUGACGCAAAUGCGACAGCCGAGCGGACCAUUGCGUAGUAUCCGGCGUACACAGCAGGCGCCGUAUCCGCUGGUCAAGCUGACGCCGCAGCAGGCGCUGCAGUUGAAGACAACCAACAGCAAUGGCAACGAUUAUGCGUCAAGUCAUCAGCAGCAGCAGCAACAGCAGCAGCAGCAACGGAACAAUACAUUGCCCAAAAUGAGCAACAUGUUGCCGCCAAUGACAAUGCAUCGUCAGCAGCAUCCGUUGCCAAUGUCUGUGAGCAACAAUGCGCAUCAUCAUCAACAGCAGCAGCAGCAGCAGCAACAUCAACAGCAGCUGCAACAGCAACAACAACAUCAACAGCAGCUGCAACAUCAGCAACAUCAUCAUCAUCAACAACAACAGCAGCAGCAACAACCACAAAGGAAGCCACACAAGAAGCACAGUGAAAUCUCAACAACAAAUCUGCGCCAGAUACUCAACAAUCUAAACAUCUUUGGCAGCAGCACAAAACACAGCAACCACAGCAACAGCAACAACCAUAGCCAUAGCAACAACAAUCAUCUGUCGUCAGCAACAACAUCCUCGAAUGUUGCUGGCUCCACAUUGCAUUUGAUGCAACAUCAGGCGCACUUCUCACAUGGCAGCAAGAGCAUGUUAACCUCCUCAAUGAAUAGCCAUCACAGCCGCUGCUCGGAGGGAUCGCUGCAGUCGCAGCGCAGCAGUCGCAUGGGAUCGCAUCGAUCGCGUUCACGUACGCGUGCCUCGGAUACGGAUACGAACAGUGUGAAGUCGCAUCGACGACGUCCCAGCGUGGAUACCGUAUCCACGUAUCUCAGUCAUGAGAGCAAGGAGAGUUUGCGUAGCCGUAACUUUGCCAUAUCUGUGAAUGAUCUGCUCGACUGUUCGCUGGGCAGUGAUGAGGUGUUUGUGCCAUCGCUGCCGCCUUCGUCGUUGGGUGAGCGUGCUCCAGUGCCGCCGCCUUUGCCCAUGCCUCAUCAUCAUCAGCAGCAGCAGCAGCAGCAGCAACAACAGCAACAACAGCAGCAGCAGCAGCAGCAACAACAACAGCAGCAAUCAAUCGCUGGUUCGAUUGUGGGCGUGGACCCAGCCAGCGAUAUGAUAUCACGCUUUGUCAAGGUCGUUGAGCCACCAUUGUGGCCCAAUGCUCAGCCCUGUCCCAUGUGCAUGGAGGAGCUGGUGCACUCGCCACAGAAUCCAGCCAUAUCGCUGAGUCGCUGCCAGCAUCUGAUGCAUUUGCAGUGUCUCAAUGGCAUGAUCAUUGCCCAGCAGAACGAACUGAAUAAGCAGAAUCUGUUUAUUGAGUGCCCCGUUUGUGGUAUUGUCUAUGGCGAGAAGGUGGGCAAUCAGCCCAUUGGCAGCAUGUCCUGGAGCAUCAUCAGCAAGAGUUUGCCGGGUCACGAGGGUCAAAACACCAUACAGAUUGUCUACGACAUUGCUUCGGGUUUGCAGACCGCUGAGCAUCCGCAUCCGGGACGUGCGUUCUUUGCCGUUGGCUUUCCGCGCAUUUCCUAUUUGCCGGAUUGUCCGUUGGGUCGCAAAGUUUUACGGUUUCUCAAGAUUGCCUUCGAUCGUCGUUUGCUUUUCUCGAUUGGACGUUCGGUGACCACGGGACGCGAGGAUGUGGUGAUUUGGAAUAGCGUUGAUCAUAAGACACAAUUCAAUAUGUUUCCGGAUCCAACGUAUUUGCAACGCACCAUGCAACAGCUUGUCCAUCUGGGCGUUACGGACUGAUUUCAUCCGUACAGCAGCAACCAUUAUCUUCCUCUUCCCAUGUCCUUUUAGUACUCCUGCUAACAAAAAUCUCAAUGUGUGUGCAAUC